AUGAGGAAGUUGGGACUGCCUGCGUUCGAAAACUUCAGCACCAGGCACGACGGCACGACGAAGCACUGGACCUGGUGGAAGAGGCCCGACGAGGUGCUGAGCAAAGCGGACAUUCUCGCCCAGCUCCUGCUGAAACACCACAUCAGCGUCGCCGACAUCGGUGACGCUGCGCUCCAUGCCCUCGAAGAGGAGGUCUACCAGGAGGAGAUGUCCGUCUUGCGCGUCACCCAGAGCGAGCCGCCCGAGCUGCUGCGCCACCUGCAGAUCGUGAAGAUCUGGAUCACGGCCGAGAUCCUCAGCGUGCCCCACGUCCUGGUCAUGAGGUCGAAGAUGCAGUUCGGCCAGACGGCCAAGUACUCGGACAGGCCCAUCUCCAUGCGGAUGUCCUCGGCGCAGACGUGGGAGCAGGCGGUGACGCUCGCCGUGACGCAGCGCCUCGGGCUGGACCACAAGACGCAGGGCGAGUGCCUGGUGCUGGACCCGCACUCGUACAAGCAGACCGAGGAGGUGGAGUACUCGCUGUCGUACCCCGGGCUGAAGACCGUCUACCGCAUCCACCAGGUUGCGAUGCAGGCAAAGGACAUCCAGAAGCUCGGGCAGCUCGGCCUGCCAGAGGGUACGGACUUCGUCGUGAUCAGGGAGGCGAUGGACAGCAUCCGGCCCGGGGAGAGCGUCAAGAACCUGACGCAACAGGCGAGCCGACCAGAUACCCCUGCAAUGGGGAAGACGUGGUCGAUCUCGCACAGAAGAUCCUUGAGCGAGGUUCCAGAGGGCCGUCAGUCUCGAAAGGAGGAGAGGAUCGUGCUCCGGUUCGGCUGGCAGCAGGCGGACGACUGCGAGAGCUUCGCCCGCGACCUGCCCGCUUUCACACGCAGGGUCACCUCGCGGAAGACCGACAAGGAGUACAAAAGGAACCUCGUGGACGAUCCUGUCAGCCAGGUCGGAUCGAAGCCCCUCGAGCCCGACCGCAAGCGUCGGGUGCCAGCACCCGUGCCCAUCAGCGUGCCCUCCAGGGACUCGUGGAGGUCCUCCCACGCGGUGGCCGAGGUCAUGCGGGGCAAAGCCACGGACUGGGCCCGGGCGAAGAGCGCCGCCAAGCGCAUCCGGGACCCGGACUACACCGUGGGCAUGUUCUUUGACGACUGCAGGGAGGCCUUCCCGGAGCUCCAGCUGUACCAGGUCGACAGCGCGACGAGCAGCGGCCGGAGCGGCGACGACGAGUACCAGCGCACCGUCGGGGCGCUCUUCGCGGUCUUCUGGCUCCUGCGCCUGCACCUGGACGGAGGCCAGUCCUUCGCCUACGGCGUGAGCGACAGCUGGCUCGCGCUCUCCAAGGGCUCUCCCGCGCCACGCAGGAGCGCGGCCGAGGUGAAGCAGCGGGAAGCGUUCGCCAACAGCGUGAAGUGGUCGCUGUUCGAGGACGCCCUGGUGUCGGCCGGCCUGCUGAAGGGGCCGCCUGGCGCCAGGGUGCACGACGAGGGGCGGGUGAUGGCCAUGCUCGUGCUGACCGCGAUCCACGACGUUAUGAAGGUCGAGGCCCUCCUCCCUACGGUCGACGCCAAGGUGGGGAGCUUCAGCGGCUAUCGAAGACGCGGGCGAGACGAUCAGCGACCACGACCUCGCGCUUGGGUACAUACUGGAGCACGUGCCCGAGGCGCUCCCCUCCUACCAGGGGCUGCCCCCGCAGCAGCGGGCCCCCGUGAAGUUCACGCAGUGCAGCAUGGAGAGUACAACAUGGGCUGGCUGGUCCAGGCCGAGGCCCCUCCGGGGCCCCUGUUCGGCAAGUUCAGGCAGGUCAUCCUGGCCGGCGGCGCGAGACCAGCCGACAUCUCGUUCUACUUCGUGCACUGGCUCACCGACCUGGCGGGCGCGGAGCCGUGCCCGCUGGAGGGCUGCGAGAAGUUCGUGCUGAAGUUUCCGCAGCGGGUCCCUUCGAUGCCUGUCCAUGGGAGCCCCCGGCGGCGACGCUGGGAUCGGCUUCUCCUGCACUUGGGCCGCACUUGGACCGCCUUUGGCCCUGCCUCCCGCUCCUCCGAUCCUCCUCGCCCCUCCUGUUUCUCCUCCCCCCUCCUCGUUCCUCCUGUGUGGGAGGACGAAUCCGGUCCAAAUUUGGUCCACAUCGGAUCCCGAACGCAUUCCAAAGCCGGUCCAGAUCAGGCCCAAAUCGGACAGCGCCAGGGGCCAUAUGGGCUCCCGUGGAACAGACACCAAAAAGGUCCUGACAUCGUUCCUUGCCUCCUUCGACUACGUGAAGAGGCUGGACUCCCAGACCGAAAGCCAGGUCUUCGAGGACUACUUGCAGUGGCGUUGGCACGACCACAGCGCGCCCAAGAAGGCGGGCAAGGGCAGCCUCGCACAGAUGCGGCUGACGGUCAUGGCGGCGGGGCACGCGGACGGGGUGCUGGCGGCCUACCACCGGCUGCCAGAGGACGCCCGGGACGUCCUCGACGCGGAGCUGGCCAGGCCCGGCUGUCAGGGCCAGCGGUACACCCUCGAGGAGAGCCUUGGCCGCUCGGCGGCCCCGCUUUCCUCGUGUACUACGGGCCCGCCCUGCUGCAGAAGCACGCGGCGGGGGGCAACCUCUACGGCGCCCUGCUGGCGCUGGCGGAGGUGCUGAGGCAGGCGCGGGGCCUGUGGCCCCUGGAGGAGGCGGCGGCCGGCAGCAGCGUGACGGUGCGCAUCGACGCCAUCAAGGACGCCGACCUGGAGGCUCUCGUGAACGUGCCGGUCGGCCAGUGCUGGGCCCUCCACCGUACCAACGCCAAAGAAGCGGCGGUGAAGAAGUUGGUCCUCAUGGGGGAGGAUCACUCCUCCUCGAUGGCUCGCCCGAAGUCGUGGACCUGA